GCCGGAGCGCCGCAGGGCGACGCAGCGAAGCCUGCGAGACCCGAAGAAGCCCCGGACGGGCGAAAAAAAGAGCGGCCUACGCGCGACACGGCGCGCGGCGGAGGGCAGAGACGGCAGGGAGGGAAGGGGGGCGGGCAGCGCCGGGGGCGCCGUUUCCGGGGGCCGAGCCGACCGUCCGCGGCGCGAGCCUCAAGCCCCGAACAUGCCCGCCGCCGCGUACGUGGCGCUGAGCCGCGUGGAGUUCGACGCGAACUGGCGCUUCCUCGGCGACCCGGGGGUGCACCACUUCACGCCAGCUCGCUUCCACUGA